GGUCCUCACAUUUUGAAAUUAUCUUCGAUAUCGGGAUCUUUAACUUUGUUGUCGUCGUACACUCUUAGCUCCCAGAAAUCCGAGGAAAAAUGGGCAGAAAAUUCUUCGUCGGCGGCAACUGGAAAUGUAACGGAACAACCGAGGAGGUGAAGAAAAUCGUCAACACGUUGAAUGAAGCACAAGUUCCUUCGGGAGAUGUCGAUGUUGUUGUGAGUCCACCUUUCGUGUUUCUUCCCCUGGUUCAGAGUUCGUUGCGAUCUGAUUUUCAUGUUGCUGCUCAGAACUGUUGGGUUCGUAAGGGUGGUGCUUUUACUGGAGAAGUCAGUGCUGAGAUGCUCGUCAAUUUGGGAAUUCCAUGGGUGAUUAUUGGCCAUUCUGAAAGAAGACUUCUUUUGAACGAGUCGAGUGAGUUUAUUGGAGAUAAAGUUGCAUAUGCCCUUUCUCAAGGACUUAAAGUUAUUGCUUGUGUUGGAGAGACUCUUGAGCAACGAGAAUCAGGAUCAACAUUUGAUGUUGUUUCUGCACAAACUAAAGCAAUUGCAGAUAAAAUCUCCAACUGGGACAAUGUUGUUUUGGCGUAUGAGCCAGUUUGGGCAAUUGGAACUGGAAAAGUUGCAACCCCUGCUCAGGCUCAGGAAGUCCAUGCUGAAUUGAGGAAAUGGCUUCACAAUAAUGUUAGUGCUGAAGUUGCUGGAUCUGUUAGAAUUAUAUAUGGAGGUUCUGUGAAUGGCGCAAACUGCAAAGAAUUGGCAGGACAACAUGAUUUGGAUGGAUUUUUGGUCGGUGGAGCUUCGCUAAAGCCGGAGUUCGUGGACAUUAUCAAGUCUGCAUUGUGAAGAGAACCGCGCAAAUGUCUUGACGAGAGCGAGACAUAAAUGAUGGUUCUUUUGUUUUGUUAAACUAAUUUGAGGUACUCACUAGUUAUGUUAGAGAAGCCUUGUUUGCUCGAGGAAUUUGAAAUUCUUGUUUGGAGAUUGAUUUCUUUUCAUGCUCUUGAAAUAAGGAAUUUUGUUGUGGAUACUGAGAACACAUGAAUGAUAAAUCCACAAUUUGGAAACAGUUUUUGGAUCUAUAUACUCCAAAGUACUCAGAUUCUUGAGAUUA